GACCAGUUUAUACUAACUUCAACGCUUGUAGUUAACUAUCUGUAUUCGUGAGGAGACACUAACUUAGAAUGGCCUUUUUUGCUAUCCUGAUUCUUGUCAGCAAGCUAUUGUUAUUCUUCCCUAAAUUUUCAGCCGCAACAGAUACCAUUACCCAGUUUGAGCCACUCGAAGAUAACACGACUUUGGUUUCAAAAGGUGGAACUUUUGAGUUGGGUUUCUUCACCCCAGCUAGUAUUUCCUCCAACCGCUAUCUCGGAAUCUGGUACAAAAGCAUACCAAUCAGAACCGUGGUUUGGGUUGCCAACCGUGACAAUCCAAUCAAAGACAACUCCACCGAGUUAGCCAUAACCACAGAGGGCAACCUCGUACUUCUCAACCCAAACAACAACAUCGUUAUUUGGUCGACAAACACUACAACAAAAGCAUCCGUUGUGGUAGCACAGUUGUUAGACUCGGGCAACUUGGUCCUAAGAGACGAGAAAGACACCGAUCCUGAAAACUACUUGUGGCAGAGCUUUGACUAUCCUUCAGACACGUUUCUACCUGGAAUGAAAGCAGGGUGGGACUUGAAGAAAGGCCUCAAUAGGGUCCUAACAGCUUGGAAAAACUGGGAUGACCCUUCUUCAGGGGACUUUAGAGACAUUGCUUUACAUACCAAUUAUCCUGAAGAGGUUAUGUUGAAAGGCACAACAAAGUACUGGAGAAGUGGCCCGUGGGAUGGAACGAAAUUCAGUGGUAACCCCUCCGUGCCAUCCAACGCAAUCGUAAACUACACGGUUGUGUCAAACAACGAUGAAUUUUACGCUAUGUAUAGCAUGACCGAUAAGUCAGUGAUUUCACGAAUCAUAAUGAAUCAAACACUUUAUGUUCGUCAGCGUCUGACAUGGAAUACCGACAGCCAAAUGUGGAGGGUGUCUUCAGAGUUGCCGGGUGAUUUAUGCGACCGCUAUAACACUUGUGGCGCAUUUGGGAUUUGUGACCUUAGUGAGGCACCAGUGUGCAAGUGUUUAGAUGGAUUCAAGCCAAAAUCGCCCCGAAAUUGGACACAAAUGAACUGGAAUCAGGGGUGCGUGCACAACCAAACUUGGAGCUGCAGAGAGAAGAAUAAGGAUGGUUUUAAGAAAUUCAGUAACGUGAAGGCACCAGACACUGAAAGAUCUUGGGUUAAUGCAAGUAUGACACUUGAGGAAUGCAAGCACAAAUGUACGGAAAACUGUUCCUGUAUGGCCUAUGCAAAUUCAGAUAUCAGGGGAGAAGGUAGUGGUUGUGCCAUUUGGUUUGGUGAUCUGUUAGAUAUAAGACUGAUGUCAAAUGCUGGACAAGAUCUGUACAUUAGAUUGGCGAUGUCUGAAACAGCUCAUCAAAAUCAAGAUGAGAAAGAUAGUUCAAAGAAAAAGGUGGUUGUGAUUGCAAGCAGCAUUUCAUCUGUAAUUGCUAUGCUACUAAUUUUCAUAUUCAUUUACUGGAGGUACACAAAUAAAAAUAACGUUUGGGUGAAAACAGAGAUCGAAGGAACGAAGAAUCAAAGCCAACAAGAAGACUUUGAGCUACCUUUAUUUGACCUUGCCUCUAUAGCACAUGCCACAAGUAACUUCUCAAAUGACAAGAAACUUGGUGAAGGUGGUUUUGGGCCUGUAUACAAGGGAACAUUACCAAAUGGACAAGAGGUCGCUGUUAAGAGGCUUUCACAAACAUCUAGACAAGGAUUAAAAGAAUUUAAGAAUGAGGUUAUGUUAUGUGCCGAACUCCAACAUCGAAAUCUUGUUAAAGUUCUUGGAUGUUGCAUACAAGAUGAUGAGAAAUUGCUCAUAUACGAAUAUAUGGCUAACAAAAGCUUAGACGUCUUUCUUUUUGAUUCUAGUCAAAGUAAACUUCUUGAUUGGCCUAUGCGUUUCGGCAUUAUAAAUGGAAUAGCUCGGGGAUUACUCUAUCUUCAUCAAGACUCAAGACUAAGGAUCAUACAUAGAGAUCUUAAGGCAAGUAAUGUUUUAUUGGAUAAUGAAAUGAAUCCAAAAAUUUCAGAUUUUGGUUUGGCUCGAAUGUGUGGAGGUGAUCAAAUUGAAGGGGAAACGAGCAGAGUAGUUGGUACAUAUGGUUAUAUGGCACCUGAAUAUGCCUUUGAUGGAAUAUUUUCCAUUAAAUCGGAUGUGUUUAGUUUUGGCGAACUAUUGCUAGAGAUAGUAAGCGGCAAGAAAAAUAGCAGACUCUUCUAUCCAAAUGACUACAAUAAUCUCAUUGGCCAUGCAUGGAUGUUAUGGAAAGAGGGAAAUCCAAUGCAAUUCAUUGACACUAGUUUGGAGGACUCAUGCAUUUUAUAUGAGGCCUUGCGUUGCAUUCAUAUUGGUCUUUUAUGUGUGCAACAUCAUCCUAAUGAUAGGCCAAACAUGGCAUCUGUGGUCGUAUUAUUGAGCAACGAGAAUGCAUUGCCUCUACCAAAGGAUCCUAGCUACUUAAGCAAUGACAUCUCAACUGAAAGAGAAUCUUCCUUUAAGAACUUUACGUCUUUUUCUAUUAAUGAUGUCACUAUGUCAAUGAUGAGUGCUAAAUAGAGAAAUUACUUACAAAUAUCAACUUACUUAUUUUGUAUAUGUUUUUCAAAUUUGCUAAUGUAGUCAUGUCUGUUAGUUUUUUCGGUA